CGCUACAUGUCUCCUGAGGUGAUCCAGGGAGGAAGCUACUCGGAGAAGAGCGACGUUUGGGCGUUCGGCGUGACGUGCUGGGAGGUCCUGACUUGUUGCAAGACCCCUUACUUGAGCAUCUUGCAAGAUGACAAGGUGUCUGAGUACGUGUGUGGAGGAGGGAGACUCAAGAGGGAGGACAUUGUGGCUGGGUGCCCGCAAGAGAGCUGGGAACUGAUCGAGAGCUGCUGGAGUGAGCUUCCAAACCAUCGUCCGACGUUCUCAGCGAUU